AAUGGUCUUGAUAAAUUUUAUUGAUCCAGUCAUAUAAACCCCAAAACUUAUUUAAUACUUGCUUAAUAGAAACCUAAGAUAAUUUAUUCUUAAUAUAUAAUCUCAAAAUUGUAAUAUUUCAUAGUAUUGUAAAGUGGAAAGUCAAUGCACUAAAUAAUCAAAAUGAAGAUAAUCGUGAAGAAGCUUCAAGGAGGUGAAUGUAGUUUAGAGGUUCUGCCUACCACAUGCAUCUCUGAAAUUAAAAGACAAAUCUGUGAACAGUUACACAUUCCUGUUGAAGAACAAAAGUUGCUACUCCUUGGUAGAACUUUAGCUGAUGAACACACUGUUCAAUCAUAUCCCUCUAUAAAAGAUGGAACAAAGUUAAAUUUAAUUGUGAAGAAACCAGAAGGGCUUUAUGAAGUGUCAGUUAGAUAUUUUAAAAAAUCUGGAAUGUCGGAUGCUGAAGCUGCAAGCACAGCUAAUCGUUUGCUGAAAGUAGUACAAGACAAAUUUAACAAAUUAUCCUGGGAUGACAUAGACAGAUUGUGUUUGGACUGCCUGUUGGAUGAAAGUGGUCAGAGUCGACAAAGUGGAGAACAAGAUACAGAGAAUGAAGAUAUGUUUAGCUUGUGACCUUGGAGACACCUAUUAAAUUAUGACUAUUUUUUUAAGAACAAGUAAUGAAAUAUUUUUUUAAUGCAUGGAAAAGUAAAUCAAUGUCAUAUAGGGGUUUUAAAUUUUCAUAAUAUUUGUCAAAUAUCUUUUAUGACACUAAAUCAUUUGAAAUGUAUUGUUUACAUAAAACUAUAGUAGUGUUAAAAUUCCAUUCUUCAUCAAUGAUAAUAACAUCUAUUCUUUGUAGUAUUGUAUAUAAUAUGGUGAUAACAUCACAUUUUGACAAGACAAGGACAGUCAUGCAAUGUCACCUAUUUCAUGUUCUAUCGGAUUAAAAAACUUCAAUUGUCUUUAUUUAAAUAUAGGAUAAUUGAAUACAACAACAUAAAUUAUCACACAAAACUCACUGAUGUAUAGAUCACUGUUUGUGGCCUAUUAAUAGGCAAAUAAGACAUAUGUGAAUAAUAAUAAAACAAAUUAUGUCAUCAUG